UUCUCUUUUCGUUACUUGAGCAAGAAAAUGCGAGCAAUCUUUUAUAGGUUACUAGCUAUUGGCAGCUCUUUUCUUUAUGUUUCUGCACAAACUGCCCAAGACUAUAAAGUUACUUCGUUACCUGGUAUUGAUCUAAACGCUUUAAACUUUGACCAAUAUGCGGGACACAUUGAGAUUAAUAAAAAGACCAAUGCCAACAUGUUCUUUUGGAUGAUUGAAAGAGAACAAAAAACCGAACCUGAAAAACUGAUAAUUUGGGUCAAUGGUGGGCCCGGUUGUUCUAGUAUGGAUGGUUUGUUUUUAGAAAACGGUCCUUAUCGCGUCAACAAGGAUCUUUCAUUAAGUAUUAAUGAAGGCGGAUGGCAAAACUAUGCUACCAAUGUCUACUUGGAUCAACCUGUAGGCACUGGUUUUAGUUUUGCAAACACAGAUAGUUAUACACACAAUAUGGAUGAAGUAACAACCAACUUUGUUGCUUUUAUUGAUCAACUGUUCACCAUAUUUCCUCAUCUAAAUCAACAAGACAUGUAUAUAGCUGGUGAAAGUUAUGCAGGUGUGUUUGUACCUUAUUUUGCUUCUCGUCUUUUAGAGCAAAAAAACAAGUAUAAUUUACAAGGUAUUGCUAUUGGUAAUGGCUGGAUUUCUCCUAAACAUCAAUAUAAUGCUUAUUAUGAUUUCAGUGUGCAGGAAAACUUGAUACCUCAAGAUCGAAUGGCUAUGGUUUCUGCGCAUUUGAAGACUUGCCAAGAUGAUAUCAAGCAAAAAGAAAGUAUUCAUAUCAGAUCAUGCGAAGGCAUUAUGUCUGAUAUUGUAGAUGCCAGUACUCAUGAAGAUAAAGAAGGAAAACUAAGAUGUAUCAACAUGUAUGAUAUUCGACUUAAAGAAGAAAGUCAUCCUGAAUGUGGCCUCUCUUGGCCUUAUGAAUUAGACGAUGUGACAAGAUAUUUAAGACAAAGUGAAGUCAAGACGGCUAUUCAUGCAGAAAAGCAGAUUUUAGGCUGGAAAGAGUGUACCUCACUUGUCUCGCUUGAAUUACAUGAUGAUCAAAGUACGCCUCCUUACUAUCUUUUGCCUGAUAUUUUGAAAGAAAUUCCAGUCUUAUUGUUCAGCGGUGAGCAGGACUUGAUCUGUAAUUAUGUUGGCACAGAAUACCUAAUUGGAAACAUGACUUGGAAUGGUGCCCGAGGAUUCAGUAAAAAGACACGAAAACAAGAAUGGAGGAUUGACAACAAACUUGCUGGUUAUUAUACCCAAGAUCGCAACUUGACCUAUGUACUUAUUCUAGAUGGUAGUCAUAUGGUGCCUUAUGAUCGACCUCUUGAAUGCUUAGACAUGAUCAACCGAUUUAUACAUGUAGGCAACAACAUUGUCAAGGGCAAACAAAGUCAAGUCAUUGGUGAUCCGGUAAUACCUUCUGCACCUCCUUUAAAGCCCACACCUUCACUUUCAACUUCACCUAGUCCAAGUCAAAGCACAUCAUCGCCAUCAUCUUCUGUUGGAAAAGAUUAUGAAGAAGAAUUGCAGGAUCCCUAUCACAAGUAUUAUGGUUGGGGAACUACUACUUUGAUUGUGGUAAUCUUGCUUGGUAUUGGAUUAUGUUAUUGUUGGUUAAAGGGCGGCCGAACCAUGUCUGCUUCUGCUGCCGAUGAAUUUGGUGGUGCACCUCAACGUCAGCGUGAAGAUCUCAAGCGACCCAACAAGUUCGUUGCUUGGAUACAACAAGUGUUGAGUGGAAGAUUCAAGCAGAAUAAGAAAUUUCGCUUAGGAGAUCGUGAUGAGACAAAUGAACUGUAAGCUUUUAGAUUCAUGGGUAUUUUGUUGACCUUAUAUAGGGAUGAAUUGGUGAUUGAAACGCCCACUUUGUUUGAAGCCGAGCAUUCAGACGAUGAUCAUGAUCAUAGACCAACUCAUCGUACAGGAAAUAACCAGCAUUUUGCUAUUAAUAAUGAAGAUGACUCAGACGAUGAUUUCGAUGAUUUUGCCGAUUUUGAUGAUGGUGAAGCAUUGACACAGAGUAAGAGAAAAUAGAAUAAAAAACAUACUUUUACAGCUUUAUU